UCCCAUUUUCGUGUUAGUAUGAGUCUUAACGAAAAUGAAAGCAAUGGAGCAACAAAGACCAGAAGGAACCAACCUGCAACCACCACCAUCAGCGGUUGGCUUCGGAAUCUCUGAGAGAGACUUCUCUUCAGAAUUGCUGCUUACAAUCCUCUCCUGAAGCGCCACCAAACGACGACGCCGACUCACUACCUCCUUCAUAUCCGCCAUUCCUCUCUCUUUGUUGCUUCAGAUCUCCUCAAUCGCUCUUAUUUAACACUAUCGUUCUCGCAUUGUUAUACAUAUAUAUACGUAUACGCAUAUCGUGUAUACAUACAUACGUACGCAUUGCCGCUGCCGAAUCAGUUUGUGGAUCGGUGAGGAUUCCAAUGCGCCUUGUGUGUGCUCGGAUUCUGCACUGAUUUGAUUCCGAUUCCGGCGGAGUUUCGCAGUUCCGGUCCCGCGGGAGUCGAAAAUGGCACCGGUUCCUGGGCCCGUGACACCUGGACAGGUUUCAUUUGUAUUUGGAAUUAUCCCUGUUAUUAUUGGAUGGGCAUAUGCUGAGUGGUUAGAGUACAAGAAGUCAGCAUCCCUCUCUAAAGUCCAUUCAGACAGUAAUCUGGCUGAACUGGAAAAUGAAAAAAACAAGGAAGAAGAUCGAGCUGUUUUGCUGGAAGGAGGUCUGUCAAAAUCUGCAUCCACAAAGUUACCAAGUUCAUCUAUAAAAACAAACAUAAUUAGGUUCCUAACAAUGGAGGAUUCGUUCUUGCUUGAAAAUCGAACAACUCUAAGGGCAAUGUCUGAAUUUGGGGGAAUCCUGAUCUAUUUUUACCUCUGCGACCGCACAAAUUUGUUUGCAGAUUCUGCUAAGAACUAUAACCGCGAUCUCUUCCUCUUCCUGUAUGUUCUUCUGAUCAUAGUUUCUUCAAUGACUUCUCUCAAGAAACACAAUGACAAGUCAGCCUUUUCUGGGAAAUCAUUGCUUUACCUGAAUCGCCAUCAAACAGAGGAAUGGAAAGGAUGGAUGCAGGUGCUCUUCUUGAUGUAUCACUACUUUGCUGCAACAGAGAUAUACAAUGCAAUCCGUGUUUUUAUAGCUGCAUAUGUCUGGAUGACUGGUUUUGGCAAUUUCUCAUAUUAUUACAUCAGAAAAGAUUUUAGUCUUGCUCGAUUUGCUCAGAUGAUGUGGAGGCUUAACUUUUUCGUGAUAUUUUGUUGUAUUCUUCUUAACAAUGAUUACAUGUUGUACUAUAUUUGUCCAAUGCACACCCUUUUCACCCUGAUGGUCUACGGGGCACUUGGCAUUGGCCACAACUAUAAUGAGAUAAGAUCAGUGAUGGCUAUAAAGUUUCUUGCAAGCUUGUUAGUGGUUAUCUUGAUUUGGGAGGUUCCAGGAGUUUUUGACAUUUUAUGGAGUCCUUUCAGCUUUCUUUUAGGUUAUACUGAUCCUGCAAAGCCAGAACUCCCUCGAAUGCAUGAAUGGCACUUCAGAUCUGGACUUGAUCGGUACAUAUGGAUUGUUGGGAUGAUAUAUGCUUAUUUUCACCCUAAUGUCGAAAAAUGGAUGGAGAAAUUGGAAGAAUCUGAAACCAAACGGAGACGCACAAUCAAAGCAUCUGUUGUUGCAGUUUCUUCAAUGGUUGGAUAUUUGUGGUAUGAAUAUAUAUACAAACUUGACAAAGUUAGCUACAACAAGUUACACCCGUACACAUCAUGGAUUCCUAUAACAGUUUACAUUUGCUUGAGGAACUUCACUCAGGAGCUUCGUAAUGUCUCAUUGACCUUGUUUGCGUGGCUUGGUAAAGUUACCUUGGAAACCUAUAUCUCACAGUUCCACAUCUGGCUGAGAUCAAAUAUGCCAAACGGGCAGCCUAAGUGGCUUCUUUCACUUCUCCCCGGCUAUCCUUUACUUAACUUCAUGCUUACUUCUGCCAUUUAUGUCUUGGUAUCUUAUAGGCUUUUCGAACUAACCAACACUCUGAAGACAGUUUUUGUACCCACAAAAGACGAUAAGAAGCUGUUCCACAACUUUAUUGCUGGCAUCUCAAUUUCUGUGUGUUUAUACAUAGUUUCUUUAAUUCUUCUUCAGAUCCUUGCCUGAAGAAGAACUGCAAGACAGGGUUGUAAAGACUGACAGAAGAUUUCCAAUGGUCAAACACAGAAUUAAUGGUGUACCAAUGGAAUAUGAAAUGUUUAAUAUGGGAGAUGUUGGUUUUGGACAUAGCUGAAUCGAGGCUUUGUAUUUCCAGCAAUUUUGUGAAAUAUAUUGUAGUUUGCUGUAUUUUGGUUUUGCCACGAAAGUUCUAUUGCCCUCAAUUAAAAGAGAAAAAAACCAUAGAUUUCAAACAA